AUGUAUAGAAAUACAGUUACAAAAAAUUUAACACCAACUGUUGAAGAUUUAAGAUUGGCCCCACCAAUGUAUACUCCAAACACUUCAAAUUCGGACCCGGACUAUUUUGCAUCAGUGCCCGGGUCUCCAGAACCUGAAAUGGCAGAUGAAGAAGAUGAAGAGACUAUUUUGGAAAAUGCUCAUAAAUUAAAGCGUUUAAGUUCGACAAAUAAAGAUAUAUCAAAAUCAUUAGAGGUAAAAUUGUAUUUAACUAAAUCAAUUGGUAAAGUUGGAGAAAAGUAUACUAUUAUAGAUCCUUUGAGUUAUGAGUUCAAACAAGGAGAUUUCAUAUACGGAUUUGUUUUGAUUACAAAUAGAACAAAAGUUGAUAUACCGUUUGAUAUGUUUUCAGUACAACUAGAAGGAACAGCAACUUUCGGAAAAACAAAUAGUACAUUAGUGGAUCAACCAGCUCAUAUAUCAAGAUUUCUAACAAUGUUUGAUUUCAAUGCUUCUUGGAAUGACGCAUUUCUAGAUAGAUUAAUUUCGGAUCAUAACAACCCACAUUCUUCAAAUCCUAUGUCAACUUUUGAUCCAAUAGAUAACACAUAUUAUCAUUUGAAUGCUAAAAAGAUAUUUGAACCAGGUAUUACCUACAAAAAGUUCUUUACUUUCAAGAUUCCCGAAAAAUUGCUAGACAAUAAUUGUGAACAAUCACUAAUUAAACAUUUACAAAUACCACCGACCUUGGGAAUUAGCAAAAAUGAAGUCAUAAGCUCUUUACGACAUAAGUGGAAAGAUCAAGAUAUUCAAGUUGAAGAUUUGAUAAAUAAAAAAUAUAAAUAUGCAUCAUUGACUAAUGAUUUUUCAUUCGUUGACACGUCUAUAAGUUAUGCCAUAAGUGCAAGAAUAAUUGGUAGAGUUCAUGGUUAUUCAAAUUUACUUGGAGCUGGUAACACAAAUCAUAAUCAUGACAAAGAUGCAGAUGAAUAUGUUGUCGCAAAUGAAGAUUAUAAAUAUAUUAGAGUCAUACCAAUAACUCAGGAGAUCUUUUCAUUAAAUAGAUCAAUGAUUCAUCAAGAAGCUAGAUUACUUUAUUCAGCAAUGAUCGAUAACAUAAAAGAUAAAAUAAAUCAAGGAAGGGAUUUAUCACAACAUGCCGACGCCUUAAGACCAAUGACAAGUACAGGAUCUCUAGCUACUUUAAGAGAUGAGCCAAUUAAUUCAAUACAAACAGUAAUGGAAGAUCCAAAUACAUUACAUCCAAGUUCAAGUACAACUGAAUUAGCCAAAAUGCAACAAUCUUACUACUCCAAAACCAAUCAAACGAUAAGAUCUGUGAAGAACCCUGAAGCUUAUGAAGUAUUUUAUCCAAUAAAAAAGAAAUCAAUGUUUGGAUCUUCAAAAGUUACAGGUAUAAUGGUAUUUUCAACUCCUAAAAAGGAUUAUAAUGUUAAUUAUAUGUCAUUACCUCAAUUUGGAACAAGAACACCAACAAUUUUAUCAAUCCCAUUUGACAUAGUGUAUAUAGACGAUAAACAUAGUCCACCAGAAUUUAAAUCUGUUUCUGUGGAACUUGUGUCAUUAACAAUCAAAUCUAAAAAGCAUCCAAUUCCUGUGGUUAUACAUCCUGAAAUGUUAUUUGAAAAUAAAAACAAAGGAACAAGUUCAUCACAAGAUAAUUUCGAUGUUAUAACUAUUAAAAGAUUUCAAAAAUAUGCAUUUGAAUUAUCAAAACUACUAAAGGAAUUGGGACCUGAAUUAAAUGUUGAAAGAGAAAUGGUUCAAGAUAUAAAAUGCUUAGCAAAUUUACUGACGAAAUACGUUCAUUUAAAAGUUAAAAAUUUAACAUUUAACAAAUUUCAGUCAAUUAAUCAAAUUCCAUGGGAUAAAAAAAUUGAACAAAGUAGUAAUGGUAAUGAAAAAUUUGAAGAUAUUAAAUACGUUAAAAAAUUUGAUCUUAACGUUGAUUUUGGAUCACUUCAAUUAAGACCAACUUUAUCUGAUUUUUGUUUAGUUCCAGAUUUUCAAAGUUGUUUGAUUGGAAGAUUAUAUUAUUUAAAAAUUGAUAUAAGAUUACACACUGCUGAAAAAAUAUCUUUAAGGGUUCCAAUUGUACUUCAAAAGACUUGA